UGUCAGCAAGAACUGAAUGACUGACUGCCUUGAUUCUGCUCGAGGUGGGGUCAAACAUAUGUUUCCCGGUGGCUGAACAACCCUCCGAAGCAUCCGAAACCCAACAUGAUUCGCCAUUAACAGCCCAACCCGCGAAUAGCUGAAUGUCUUGUGAUCUAAUAAACUUCCCUGCAACAUGCGGGGAGAUGCCGCACUUCUAUUCCAGCCUGUCGAUGAUGCCACUUUUCCACCUUUCAUCUAGCCCCAACGUCUUUUUUUGCAUCUACGAUAAACCUUGAAUACUAAAGCGGCCAUGGCAAAGACAAAAUCUAACAUUCAACCGUUCUUAGAGGCUAUUCGGAAUGCAAGACAACUCAUCUUUACCGUCAUUGUCAUCGCCAUUUUCGCUAUUGCGUGGUUGGUCCAGGGUGGUACGAUUGACAUGCCAGAAUGGACCAAGGACAUGCGACAUCUUCAUGGGGACGACUGGACGAAAUAUGCCGUGAUAAUCAUCGUCGCUGUUUGUGUGGUUUUUGCGCUCAUGAUGGCGACGGGGAUAGCGUUAUUGAGAUCGGAUAGUGCUCAUGGUUAUUCCUGAUUUUUCGGAUGCUGUGGAGACAUAGAAGCCAUUCAAAGGCGAUGAGUAUAAGAGACGAAUUGAUUUAUGAGGUUAUGGUAGAAAUGGAUAUACACCGAGCGACGCCUUUAUGUGAUUUUAGGGAUAUAUAGGACUGGACUGCGCAGUAAUGAUAAUGAGAUUCCCUAUCUAGAAGGAUUCAAUAUCCUCGUCCCCGCCUAUUCCUUUUGGCGUGUCUCCCCAUAUGUCCACUUUGUUCUGCAUCUCCUCCCAAUUCUUAGCUUUCUCUCUCAGUACACCUUGAAGCUCAUGCAGAUACAACCCCUUCGCAUAAUGCAACAAGUUCCUGUCGUUCCGCUCAUACUCUACAUUUACAUUGGCUCCUCUCUUGAUUAGUUCUAACGCAACAUCUUCUUGCUGUCGGUACACGACUUGAGCAAGUGUUGUUUCAUUGCUAUCAUUCACCUCCUCAAGCAUCUGUCCUUUCAGCAUAACUUCGCCAUGACAUCCAAGCUCGGCCGCAAGAUCAAGUAGAGCCAAGACAAGAAAGAAAAUAUAACAUGUACUCUC